AUGUCGAAAGCCUUCGAUAAGGUGAGCCACAAUCGUUCUCUCCUUCGUCUUCGUGAUUUCGGGUUUAGUGGUAACAUCUUCAAAUGGUUCCAAUCAUACUUACAAGAUCGUAGACAACGUACAAACGACCAUCCUUGGAGCAACAUCAUCUCAUACAGCAGUAACUUCAGGCUCAAGGUAACUCAAGGCUCAAUUCUUGGUCCACUACUGUUCUUGUUAUAUGAGGACGAUCUACUUUCCAGUAUCGUGAGUUCUUCUAUCGCAACUUAUGCUGAUGACACCAAGUUAUUUAAAGAAAUAAACUGCCUUGAUGAUGCUACAGCGUUGCAGGAUGACCUGUCAAACUUUGAAACCAGUUCCACGAAUGCUGGUCUUUCAGGUCUUCAAUUAAACACUGCGAAGUGUAAAGCUCCCCGUGUUACCAGAAGGCGCCAGGCAAUCGAGCAUCCCUAUACAGUCUGGAAAACCAAACCAUCUCAGAACAUGAACGUGAUUUGGGUGUAUGGAUCUCCAACAACUUGA